AUGCCCAGCGCCUCUGGGAUCUUUGCCCCUGUGGUAUCCGCCCUCGGGCUACCACAUCGCUCUCGAAGCAAGAAUAGAAAGGAGAAAGGCCAGUCGAGUGAUAACAGUGGUCGGUCGAGCCUUGAAGGCGCAGCUACCAAUGGCAACAAAAGCGACAGCGCCUCAACGAUUAAAAAGGACUCGACCGACACAACACCUGCUGUCCGAUCCCCGUUAAUCGAGACGUCUACGGUCAACGAGAAUCCCACUUCCAGCCGUGCGCCGACCUCUCCCACCUCCCCCGUCACUCCGGUAUCGCCCACCAUCGCCAGCAACCUCAGCUCCAACCCCAAGCGAGUCAGCGCUGGUGUCUCAACUAUUCCUGCGGACCACCGCAAACUGCUUGCAAAGAUGAAUGACAGCGGUGUUGAGAUCAAAAGCUCUACGCGCUCUAGCCUGGACAUAAUGUCGGCCAGGUCUAGUAUGGAUAGUGGCCGCAACAGUCAACGCACAGGCGCUAGUUCCGAGUUACUCGUUCAUCCCAACGAGCUCAACACAAUCUCGCAGCUCGACAAGCUGCCGAUUGGUACCGAGGUUGACUUCCGUGCCCGCAUUCACACCCAGCGCCAGCUCUCCAAGGCAUUGGAUUUCCUCCUCCUCCGUGAUCAAACACAUUCUAUUCAGGGUGUCCUGUCUCGCGAAAACAUGGAUAUGGUCAAGUGGGUUCAAAAGCUGAACCCUGAAUCCCUCGUGCAAGUUCACGGUGUUCUCAAGGAACCUCCGGAGCCUAUCAGAUCCGCCACGCACUCCGGCGUAGAGGUUGACAUCGACUCCAUCUACCUUGUGAAUGCUGCCGCCAGCGCACCCUUUAGCAACUACAAGCCCCCGGAGAGCCUGCGUAACCGCAUGGCAUCACGCAUUCUGGAUUUGCGGCACCCGUCUAACCAGGUCCUUUUCCGUGUUCGUUCUCUGGUAACUCGGGUGUUCCGAGAGACCAUGGAGAAUAAGGGUUUUGUUGAAAUCAACACCCCUAAACUACAGCCUGCUGCCACUGAAAGCGGCGCCGCUGUAUUCAAGGUCAACUACUUUGGUAGAAAUGCCUUCUUGGCCCAAAGUCCACAGUUGGCUAAGCAGAUGUGUGUGUCGGCUGACUUCCGUCGUGUUUUCGAGGUUGGCCCUGUCUUCAGAGCGGAAAACUCCAACACCCAUCGUCACCUGACUGAGUACACCGGCCUCGACAUUGAAAUGGCUAUCGAAGAGGAUUACCACGAGGUCAUCUGGGUUCUUGAUGACUUCCUCAAGGCAGUAUUUGAAGCAGUGUACUCUCUCCCUGAAAUCGAACUGUUGCAGAAGCGGUGGCCCAGCACCGAGUUCAAAUGGCUGGAAGAAACCCUGGUGCUCGAUUUUAAGGAGGGUCUUCGAAUGUUGCGAGAAGAUGGACGAGACGUCGAAGAGGAAGAUCUCUCUACCCCCGAUGAGAUUCGACUUGGACAACUCGUCAAGGAGAAGUACGGCACUGAUUACUACAUCCUUGACAAGUUCCCGGCCAAUGCUCGCCCCUUCUACACGCACAGAGACCCCGAUGAUCGCAACUGGACUCGGUCUUUUGAUAUUUUCAUCCGUGGCCAAGAGAUUUGCUCUGGUGGCCAACGUAUCCACGACCCCGAUGAGCUACGCACCAACAUGUUGGCAGCUGGGAUUUCCGAGGAUGGUAUGGAAGACUAUCUGGCUGGUUUUGACCUUGGUGCACCACCACACGCUGGCGCUGGUCUGGGCCUUGAACGUAUUGUUAGUUGGAUGUUGGAAUUGGGUGACGUUCGAUACGCUUCCCUCUUCCAUCGCGACCCCAAGUCGUUGCCCGAGCGCAAACCUGGAUUGCCUCACCCGGAAGCCGACACUACCAAACCCCAUCCAAAUGAUACAAUGCCACCCCUGGAGAAGCUUAUUGCCAACUAUGGCGAUGCUUCGAACACCUCUUGGCUUGACGACCGUUUCGAGGUAUGGAGACAUCCCACUGGUGCUGCUGUGGGAUAUGUGAAACAGGAAAAGUUUGCCAUGAUCACGGGCGAUCCCCUCUGUGAUCGGACUCAGUAUAAGGAUGUUACUUUGGCCUUUGCCAAAUUUGUGACGCAUGAGCUUCAUCUGACACCAAUGUGGAUGCUGGUCUCUUAUGAUAUCCAGAAGAUUCUGGCCCAAGAGCUGGGAUGGAGGACUCUGUCCUGUACGGAGGAGCAGAGGGUCGAUGCCGACAAGCACCAGAGCAGCAUGGGACCCAAGGCCCGACGAGUCGAGCGUGAGGGUGUCAAGAUUCAUGAAGUCAAGUAUGAUGCGGACUUCAUGAAGAAAGUUGAACCUGCGAUUGAAGAAUGGAAGAACUCCCGCAAGGGGAAGCAAGUGCACCUGACCGAGGUUCGCCCGUGGGUCGAUCAGGAACAUCGUCGUUACUUCGUCGCUGAAAAGGACGGCAAGGUCAUGAGUUUGGUCGUUUUACACAAGCUCGCUCCACGUCACGGCUGGCAAGUCAAGUGGGCACUUGAUUUCCCAGGUGCCGUGAAUGGUGCUAUCGAAGUAUUGAUCAACUUCGUUCUCUCCAGCGUCUCCGGUCAGGUCACCUUCGGCGUAGGAGUAUCUGAGACGCUGACUCCUGGUGAGCAUCUUGGUGGCAUUCGUGCUAAGUUCCUUGCCAGCACAUAUCGCUCUAUUGUUGAGAAUCUUGGUCUCCGCCGCAAGGCUGAUUUCCGCAGCAAGUUUGGUGCUCUCGGGGAGGAGGUCUAUAUCUGCUAUCCCAAGCAUGGUGUGGGCCUGAGAGACCUCCAGCAGGUUGUCAAAUUCUUCCAGGAUUAA